UGAGAGCCACGCUCAGCGCCUUAACAAAUUCAUGUCGCCAUUACAACCUGCCUCUAGAAAAAUUUCUCCUCUUUUAAACCUUUUCAGCGGCACGAACUUGAUCUAAAUUCCCAAUCCCGAGUCGUCCUCCCCUUCCCUGAUUCCCUACGCCAAAGCACAGCUCUCUCUCUCACUCACAUUUACCUUAGAGGCACUUCACUCUCCGCUCUUCAAUAAUUUCCUGGCUAGCAGGCAUCACAUUGGACCUAGCAACUCUGCUCUUACGACUCAUAUCAGUGCCUAACGAGGACAAUAUGGCUUCUCAUGCUCAGCUUGCAUCUCAUUUUUUUGGGGAUCUCCUUGAUUCCAUUAUUGUUGACGUGGCAUCUGAGUGUCAUCGAAUAUCAAGGUUGGGCCUUGAUCGUAAUUUGGAAGAAGAGGAAGAAGAACUGAAGCUUUCAGCACAAGCUCGGGAAAGGGUAGCUGAUCCUAAUAACAGUGGUGAAGCCAAUAGCAAGUAUGUGGUUGACAUAUUUGGACAAACUCAUCCUCCUAUAGCCAGUGAUAUAUUUGAGUGCAUGAAUUGUCAUCGUCCUAUCAUGGCUGGGAGAUUUGCUCCUCAUUUGGAGAAGUGCAUGGGAAAGGGUAGAAAGGCUCGACUCAAGGGAACAAGAAGUAGCACAGCUGCACAGAACCGGCAUUCACGAGGGAGCCCUGUUUCUACAUACUCUCCUUAUCCAAAUUCCACCAGCACAAACCAGUUAUCAAACGGAACAUCCGGUGUUGCAGGUGAGGAGUACUCAAAUGGCACAUUUCCAGAGCCAUGAAACAGAUGAGCUUGUCAGCCUAACUUCAGGAUACAGGCGAAUGACCAAAUACCAUAUACUGGGUAGGGAAAUAUGUUCUUGAUUUUUAUAUGGUGGAAAUUCAUGGCUGAAUACAUUACAUGAUUUUCUCAGUUCAAGUUCUUUAGAUGUUUGGACAAAACAAUUGUGAAUAUGAAGCCACAAGAUCAAUGAUGAACUUCAAAGAUAAUUCCUUUUA